UCACAACACAUGCAAAUACAAGCACACAUAUUUUCCAUUUAUACCACACACAUUCUAUAUAUUAUGAUAGCAGCAUGCCAUGUGAGCUAUGGACUGACCACACAUACACGCGAUACUAUUAUACGAAGUUCACUCCUCCUGUGGAGGUGUGGAGUGAGAUGGAGAAGAAGGUGACCCGACGGACCCACUGUUCUUCCUCUUUCUCCUGCUGCUGUUGCUAGUCUGAGACGCCGGUCUGGAAGUGGCUCUCACAGAAUUUGGCCCAUCACGAGGUGCUCCAAUUUCCGGGGAAGACUGGUGGGAUGGAGUUCUCUGUCUUUUCCUCGAACCAGCUGAGCCUUCCUCCUGCAGCCCACUCCGGGAAGACUGCUCCCCUGAAGGAUGAGGAUGUCGGGAUGGCAGUCUGGAUGACCUGGCACUGUAGCUGCUGCCACAGGCUUCCUUCCUGCUGGACAUGUCUGUUACCACUGAGCUCCCUGUCUCCUCACACGAGGACCGUCUCGAGGUGGCUGACUGGCUCCUCCGCUCCCCAGAUAAAUCAGAGCGACAUUUAGAGGAGCUAA